ACCUGUCCCUCCGGCGAGAACGAAGCAGCCGGACGAAAACCGUGAAAGAGCCGAGAAAUUAUUAUUAUUAAUAAUGAUGAUAACAAUUUCUCCAACAACCACCACAAAUCUCGCACACGUUCUACCGACAACGAAGCUCAGCACAAGUAGUUCCGGGGCCACAGCUGACGUCGCCGGAAGUGGACUCCGGCGGUGGUUGUUAUGGGAACGGGAGCCGCAAGAUCGGGUAAGAGAAGGAAAAUGUGCCACAAUGGCUUCCCGAGAGAGGACCACACCCGCUGUGGCAAAAGGCACUGGAUUCUGGCAUGUUCCUGUUGUGACUGAAUACAGCCAUGAAACACAGGAACUGUUAAAAGUGAUGAUGCAAGAAUCCAAACUUACCAACUUUCAGCAACGUCAUCUCAUAAACUGCAUGAAACGGGGUGAAACCUUUCCUGCUCGCUGCAGCCCAACAUCUAGUAGAGAGCCAGAGCCUCCAAAGCCUAUCUCACCACCAAAGGCCUUUCUGUCCAUCAGUCCAUAUGGCAGACCUCGUCUCAGGCCUGCUGAGAUGUGCCGGGCAGGCGAUGCAUAUACCCGGGAGAGAUUCAGGCCCCAGGCCACCAGAGACCUGGAAAAGGAGAAGGAAAGACUCCAAAACAUUUUUGCAACAGGAAAGGACAAAGUUGGAAAAAAAACCCAAAAGAAGCCAGUCAAAGUGGAAGAGGAGGUUCCAGAACCAGACCGGUUUGAAGAAUUGGUUAAUGAAGUUCAAGAUCGACAGAAGUUUCUGGCAGAAAUGGAGGCUCUGGGACAGGGCAAGUUAUACCAAGGGAUCAUCCUCACUGAAAUAUCACAGAAGCUACGGGAGAUGGAAAUCAUUGAUAAGGAGAGAAGUGCAGAAUUAAAAGAGGCAGUGGCAAAGUCCUUCAAUAUAGGGAACCAACCUGACUCUGAAAGCACAGGUCAAGAUGACUGGUAGUCCUUUCUUGCUCCGAACGUGAUUAUUGUACUCUUCUUUCUGCUGCCAGAACUAGACCUUCCACAGCCCAAUGUCAGGAUUGGUUCUCAAGGGUCCAGUCUUAACCCUUAGUGGCAAAUAGCUGUGGAGGAGCUUCAACACCCAGAUUUUUGCAUGAACUCAAAAAAACAGGAACAUUCUUUUCAUAGCAUUUAACAGCAAGAGGCUUUUUCAUGGAUGUGGUUUAGGAGCAGCCAUUGGGAUUACUGCCUGUCUACACUAAGAGCAUAAACAUGUAUUUCUUCCUUAACCAGACCUCAGCAUAUCUAUUUUCAAUGUGGUUUUCUAGCAUUUUUGUGGUUCUACUUGUUAAAAUCAGAAUAGCAUCUUACAGCAAGGGUCAGGUCAAACAUUUUUGUAUAAGCCCAUCCUCUGUGCUAUUCACACUGUUUACAGUCAAAGCUGAAAGUUAAUGCUGCUGUUUCUUAUUCACAAUCUUGAUCUUGUGUAUAAUCAUAUGUGGCAAAUAAUGGUGGCUGCUGCUUCAGAGCGAAUAAGAGCAUUUCAAGUACUUGUUUUUAACUGUGUGGCUCCCUCAGUGAGAUUGGGAGCACAGGAGUUCUUGUUAGGGCCAACCUUGAUAGGACAAUAGCCAUGUUUGUUUAUUCAUGGAUCUAUCCCAUUCUUGUCUAAGGGAAGUGGGGAAGUGUGUAAACUUUUGCACAGUGAGCGCGCGGGAAGAAAUCUGACUUCUUCGCCAUAAUUCAUUGCACUCUCUCACUUGGAACACUUUUUGCCCUAGCCCAGCCUUUUGAUGGUACUGGAAUCAGGCUAAGUGACUAAAGUGAUGGAGUACAAGGAGGUAAAAUGGAGAGGGAGGCAUCGAGGUCCCCUUGCCUAUAAUUUUUACAAUAAAAUACAAGUACCCUCCCCCCACCCAGGUUAGGUAUAUCUGGGACAGCAGUGUGAAUACAAAAUACAGCUGCCAGGCCUAGUGUCAGCAGGUGGCCAGGUUGGGCACUGGCCAAGGGCCCCUGUGGCUGACAGGGGCCCUUGUUGUUGGAGCCAGGUGGAUGUACAUCCCUGGCCAUGAUCCAUGCUGGCACAGAUUGCAGAGUGUGAGCCACCCUCGCAGGCAAUAUCCCUCCACCCCCUGCCUGUACCACUUCCCAUGUCACCGUAAUGUGCAUGCAUAGCAGGUGUGCAGGUGCAGUGCACUAACACUGCCAGGCCAAUUUAAGGUAGCGGUGGUAGUGCCUCUGCAUCACCACCUUUGAGGGCCCACUGCAGUCUGAUGUUGGCCCUGACAGCUGCCCCCCUCAGAACUAGUUUACGCAUCAGAUGUCCUGCUCAGGAAUUAAAAAAAAGACUAGCCUGAAAUAUAUACCCAAUGGUUCUCUGUUCCCUGAAAAUAUCCUUACGAAGAACUGGUCUUGUUCCAUUUCUGCUAAGAUAAAGUGAUUCAAAACACAGAAAUAAACACUACUAC